UCCAGCUGAGAAAUGUCAUAGAGUGGCAUUUUAGAACGAUAAGAUUUUGAGAUUAAAUUUCAAGUAAUUUGUUGGGAACACGAUAUUUAUUUUUCAAACUCAACCUUGGAGUAAAGCACUACCCUAAACAAAAAUAUUUAGUUCUUGAUCAUAAAAUUUUAAGAGAAUUUAAAAGACAUGGAUCUAUCAUUUCUUAAGACUAUGCCAAAGGUUGAACUGCACGCCCAUUUAAAUGGAUCGCUAAAAAUGGACUCAAUUCAAGAACUAGGUAUGGAGUUAUAUGGAGAUAACAGCGACGAAUUUCUUCGAGAAAUAAAACACUUUGUAGAAUUCGCUUCCGGCAACGAUGAAGAUAAGUUAAACAAAUGUUUUCAAAAAUUUCAAUUUAUGCAUAAAUUGACUGCUACCAAAGAAGGCCUGGAAUUAGCAACAGAAAAGGUGAUAAGAGAUUUUGCAAGUGACAAUGUUUUCUACUUGGAACUAAGAACAACACCGAAAGCCAAUAGUAACAUGAGUCGAAGACAAUAUAUAGAAAUUAUUCUACAUACAUUAGAAGAUUGUCUUAAGAAAUAUGAUAUUAUUGUUAAACUCUUGGUCUCCAUUGAUAGAUCCCAGGGACACCAAGUAGCAGAAGAAAUUAUAGAUUUAGCCAUAGAAAUGAGGAACAAAUAUCCAAGCCUUGUAAAAGGUAUUGAUUUGAGUGGCAAUCCAGCUAUAGGAUGUUUUGAAGAUUUUGUUGAAAGCUUGCAAAAAGCAAAAAACGCUGGAUUAAAACUGGCUCUUCACUGUGCUGAAAUCGAUAAUGAAAUGGAAACCCAAGAAAUGUUGGAUUUCAAUUUUGACAGAUGUGGCCAUGGAACUUUUUUGACAUCCCAGCAAGUAGAACAGUGUAAAAAGCAGCUUAUAACCAUCGAAUGCUGUUUGACCAGCAAUGUUAAAUGUGGUACAGUGAAGGGGUAUGAUUUACAUCAUUUCAAAUAUCUGUUCGAGAAUAAAGUGAAAGCUGUUAUCUGUACCGACGAUUGUGGCGUGUUUGAUAGUACAUUAACCGAAGAAUUAUUGAUAGCAUGUAGGACAUAUGGCUUAAACAAAGAACAUGUAUAUGGUUUGAGUAAAAACGCUAUAGAAGCGUCUUUUGCUAGUAAAGAGGAAAAGCAGGUUAUGCUUAAGAGAACCGAUAAAUAUUUCAAAGAUAACCAAGAUAUUUAGCAAUAAAGUA